CGACGAGUUUACCUAAACAUGGCGCCCUUGCUGGAUCAUAAAAUCGGCGAUGCUAUGCUGUCUUCUUUACCUUUGCGAUCAAAAUCGAUUCUCCUAACAUGUUCACUAAUUUUAGUUAUUUACUUGACGUCGCAGCCAGCUUUGGCCAAACCGAGUAGCCUCAAAGAGAUCACUGACGGAAACUGGGAAGACAUCUUGGCAGGGGAAUGGAUGAUUGAAUUCUUUGCCCCCUGGUGUCCGGCGUGCCAGCAGCUCCAACCCAUGUGGAAUGAGUUUGCCGACUGGGGGGAGGACAUGGGUGUCAACAUAGCGAAAGUGGAUGUUACUGAACAGCCUGGUUUGAGUGGACGAUUCAUUAUCACUUCACUUCCGACCAUCUACCACUGUAAGGAUGGUGUGUUCAGGAGGUACCAGGGGGCUCGCACCAAAGAUGACUUCCUAAGCUUUAUUGAUGAGAAGAAGUGGCAGGGCAUUGAACCGGUGUCUUCCUGGUUUGGACCGUCUUCCUUCAUGAUGAACACAAUGUCAGCUCUCUUCAAGUUGUCAAUGUUCAUUAGGCGUUGCCAUAACUACCUGACAGAGCAGUUGGGUAUUCCAGUGUGGGGCUCGUAUAUCAUCUUUGGACUGGCCACUCUCUUCUCUGGCCUAGCCCUGGGACUGAUACUGGUGUUCAUAGCCGAUUUUGUCUUCCCAUCACGACGAUUUAACUCCCCAAACUACUACCAGAAGAAACAGACGAUGGAACAAGCCAGGCUCAUUCAGCAGCUGGAGGAAGAGCAGGAGGCCGAUGGAGAGGAGGAUGAUGAUGAGGACGAUGAAGAUGGAGAACAGGAGGAGGUCUGGAGGAGAGUGUCUCCAGGGGGCCGUCCCGAGGCCAGAGGGCCGGGUUACCCAGAGGAGGCCUUGCGAAAGAGGGUGGUUGGCAACCGUGAGGAGGAUGAGGACUCCUAGAGGCCUGGAGGGGAACUGCAGAUGCCGCCUAACACCCAUGGGAGACGCAGCGAGGAUGGGAAAGCAGCCCGGUUCGGGGCCUGAGCUCAUAUUUAUAAAGCGCCUCAGAAUAGGAGUAUUGAUCUAGGAUCAGUUUUGCCUUCUAGAUCAUAAUAAAUAAGAUUACAUGAGCAGGGGUAACUGAUCCUAGAUCACCACUCCUACUCUUUCAUGCUUUAUGAAUAUUAGACCUGGCAGCAGUAGAGUUUACAGCUUACAGAGAGCCCUGGUGACGUCGUACUUCCUGUAUUCUCCCUCUGCUUCACCGGGAGUGCUCUGGAUUCUGAUGACCGCUCUGCUUUCACCACAGGCACUCUCUUGGACUGGAGGUGCUACCGCUACUGUAAACUCCCAACACUAGGGUCGUGUUCAUUAGCUAUCUUUUGAAGAGAACAGACUGGAACAGGCAGGGUUUAUCCAAAUUUGUCCAAUCUAAAAUGCUCAUUUUCAUUUUCCAUUGCAAAAUGUUUUAAUGUUUUCCAUUGCGUGCCCUAAUGAACCGAUUUUAAAUUGGGUGUGGUUUAGGUAUGGAGUGCAGUAGAAAUUGAACUUUUUUUGGGCCACUUUUAUGCUAUACAUUUCUUUAGUUUUUAUUGAGUCUCUCCGUGCGUUAAUCCAUGUUUAACAAAUUAUAUACAGCUUGCUUUGCGCAUUUCGUUGUAUGAUAUAUUCCAUGUAGUCUAAUAUGUACUUAUGCUUUUCUCCUUUUCACCUUUUUGUAUCUCAGAAAUCCCAUAAUUUAUUUUCAUCCAAGUCUUCCUUGACAGACCGUGCAUCCACCCACCAUGAUACUUCAUAAUGGUUUAGAAUGGUUAAAUAUUGUGCAGAAGUACAUCUGGAUCCUCUUUCCCCCUCAUGAGUGCAGUUGGCAAGCUUUUACACAGGAACCUGUGAUCAAAACUCUUUGGGGCAGGGACUCUCCAUGUUUCCAUUUGGUCUUUAAUCAGCAAUCGCACGAAGAUGUUGACUUGAGUUACAAUGCUCUGCUCUGGCUCUACAAGACUGGAUGGUUUAAUCUCUGCUGCCUGCCUGUUUUUUUAAAGUUUCACACCGAUGUAUGAAGGAUUGUGGUGCUAAACCUCCCUGGUGAAUGUUGUUCAGUAUGGAUCAUUAAAGAGCAACUGAACGUAAUAAGGAAUUUAUCCUUUUAAAAA